UAUAAGGCCUCCACACCCUUCAGAUCUCUCCCUUUGCACUUGGAUUUGGACCUGAGCCAAACUGUGGAAAGUUUUGAAGCAGAAAGCAGAAAGUUGUUGGAAAACACUUAACAAACUUUUGGAUCGCUGAUUGAUUGAUUGAUUGAUUGAUUGAUUGAUUGAUUGAUCAACUUUGUGGGUAACCGAAGAGCCCGAAAAUGGCUGCCAUCAGACCACGGACCGAGGAGGAGCACCUGCGUGAGCCGGACCCCAACCGCGCAGGUGGUGCUUUCUACAUCGUCGAGCGUCCAGCAGAGGAUGGCCUUCCUGAAGUUGUCAGGAUCCUUGACGAUGAUGAAGAUCUCCCCAUCUACAUCUCCUCUGGUGAGGAAGAGGUAAGUGAGGACGAGGUAAGUGUCGAGUACGAUGAUGAGGCUGAGGUAGAUGUAGGUGACCUCAUUCCCCCGCUCAACUUUGACGACGAUGAAGAUCUCCCCAUCUACAGCUCCUCUGGUGAGGAAGAGGUAAGUGAGGACGAGGUAAGUGUCGAGGACGAUGGAGAGGUUCAGGUAGGUGAAGGUGAGCUCAUUCCCCCUCUCGACUCUGACGACGAGGAUGAAGAGGACGCACAAGAAGAAGAGCUGAGCAUGUUUGACUUCAGACGUUUCUCCCGUCCCGUCGUGAUCCCACCUGGAGGUUUUUGGCCCGGAUGGCGUCCUUUCGGUGAUCCUCUCCCAGAGCCUCCUGUGCAGCCAGUGGAGCGUCCCGCAGGUCUCCCCCCAGUCUCUCCCAGCUCUGGAGACUCUGCUCCCCCAGCCUCUGCCCUCAGCUCACCCACCCGGAGAAGCAGGGAGGACAGCGACACACUGCAGGUAAGGCACGAAGGGGACAUAGAAGAAGAGGAUGACGAGGACACUCAGGACUACACUCAUUUCUUUCCUCGUGUCCAGUGGAUCCCGCCUGCAGUCUCUUCCAGCUCUGAAGCCUCUGCUCCUCCAGCCUCCACCCCCAGCUCAUCCACCAAGAGAAGCAGGGAGGACAGCGACACACCUGAGGUAAGUGUGAAGAGGCAGAGGACGACUGGUGAGGACGGCGACUAA